AUGCACGGGGACAGUCGUGGACUUGCACAGCCUUGUUCAUUGUUUGCUCUUGUAAGAAAGAGUAGCAAAUAUGUCGGUCACAAGAUCCACGGCACGCUCGACAUGAAUAUUCGGCGUGGUCAGCGACGUCAUAUCUCAAUGAUGACCGAAUGCAGAAGGCCGUUCCAUAAUGAAGCACCCAUCGAAUCAGCCGCCGCUAGACACCCAGUCACUGCCAGGAUCUGCCAUCUAACCUCUAAGCUGUCUCGAUCCCACACAUGGAGCGCUUGGAACAACCGGCUUAUUGACGGAUUGGCCCUGACCUCGCAAACGCUCUACGCCCGACAACGCCGCAUGUUUUCUCCUUUCGUUUGUUCAAGAGACAUAGCAAGCUUAUCUUGCCUACCACGGAUGAGUGUCCCGCUGUAUCUAUGUAUUUCUCGUGGGUUCCAGUUUCUUUUUUCCGCAACUUUGUAUGGAGGAAAUACAUCGUGGCCAAGUCCGAUGAAGUUUGUUGGAACACAGACUCUCAGCGCCUGCCAUACCCACCAGUUUGCGCGCCAACCGUCUGCUGUCGACCGCUUUGGUACGACAUCAUCUAUGCUCGAGCGAAUUUUGACGAAUUGA